GGAGCUCAUUCAGACCUUACACUGCACGCCGAGCUCAACCCGUCACCACUGUCUACACCCCUCAUGUCGACUUCAAAGGCGCCUCCAUCGCCUCCAGCAAGCUCGGAGAAAGAAGCGGAAUUCUAUCGGGACGUUGAGCUUGGAACCAUUCGCACAAACCCACAGAUCCAUUAUGCGGAGUACGAAGCCAUCGGAGAAGGUCUAUCGUCGAAUGCCAGACUGACAGACGAUGGACGGAUUGUCGUUUCCCUGAAGCUGACCCAAGCUCUGCCCGAGCUUCCGCAAGAGUACGCACCAGAUGUUCAAGAGUUCGCAGUCGACGAGGAGAACUGGAGAGAAGUGCCUCCUAUGAGCAUUGUUAUCAUGAUUGUAGGGAGUCGGGGCGAUGUACAACCUUACGUUGCGUUGGGAAGAAGACUAAUAGAAGACGGCCACCGCGUUCGGGUCGCGACGCAUGAGACGUUCCGUUCGUUCGUGCUGGAGUCUGGUCUAGAGUUCUUCGACAUUGGAGGUGACCCGCAAGCACUCAUGAGUUACAUGGUCAAGAAUCCUGGACUUAUCCCAGGCUUCGACUCCCUCACAAAUGGAGACAUCGGACGAAAACGCAAGAUGCUUGCAGAGAUGUUCAACGGAUGCUGGAGAGCAUGUCACCAGCCGGACGACCAAAGUAACAUCCCUUUCGCAGCCGACGCGAUCAUCUCGAACCCCCCUGGGUUCGCGCAUACACACUGCGCCGAGGCGAUGGGUAUACCCCUGCUCUUGACCUUCACCAUGCCUUGGACACCAACGAAAGCUUUCGCUCAUCCCCUCGUGAAUGUCACAAAGUCGAACGCCGAGCCCGGUCUUACCAACUUCUUCACUUUCAUUCUUGCGGAUCUCUUAAUGUGGCAAGGGGUGAACGACAUCGUCAACUUGUUUCGCACCAAAGUUCUGAACCUCGAGUCUCUGAGUAAUCGGUCGGGUGCUGGCCUGAUAGAUAGGCUGAAGAUACCUUGGACAUACUGCAUUAGUCCCGCGCUCAUUGAAAAGCCCGCGGACUGGAAGAACCAUAUUGAUACCGUUGGAUUCUACUUCUUGGACCUCGCAUCCAGCUAUGAGCCACCUGCCGAUCUGAAGGCAUUCCUCGACAAGGGGCCGCCGCCGAUCUACAUUGGAUUCGGAUCCGUCGUAGUCGAUGAUCCCAAAGCCAUGACAGAGCUUAUCUUCCAAGCCACUUCCCAAGCCUCCGUCCGCGUCCUGCUCUCCGCAGGAUGGGGCGGUCUCGGUGGGAUGUCCGUCCCCGACCACGUCUUCCUCCUCGGCAACGUCCCGCAUGACUGGCUCUUCUCCCGCGUGUCGGCCGUCGUGCACCACGGCGGGGCCGGGACAACUGCGAUAGGCUUGCGCAUGGGCCGGCCGACGGUGGUUGUGCCGUUCUUCGGGGACCAGCUUUUCUGGGGUCAGAUGAUAGAGAACGCUGGGAUUGGACCCGCGCCGAUACCGCACAAGGAAAUGACUGUCGAUAAUCUGCGAGAGGCGAUCAAGUUCACGCAGAGUAGUCGGGCGCGGAAUGCUGCUCAGGCGGCUGCAGAGAAGAUCAAGAGCGAGAAUGGCGUUCAGAAAGGCGUUGAUUCGUUUUAUCGGCAUUUACCCCUGCUCAAUAUGAGAUGCGACUUGGAUCCAAGCCGAGUUGCCGUGUGGUGGUCAACGAAAUUUUGCCUGAAGUUGAGCGCAUUCGCAGCUGAAACGCUCGUCAAUGCGAAGGAACUCAGCUACAAGGAGCUUGACAUACAUCGCACGAAGGAGUACGAGACGCGGAAAGACAUAUCCGACCCGAUCACUGGCGGCGGAAGUGCGAUCUUCUGGACUGUGACGAACUGGUACACCGGUAUUGCUCAGAUAUUCUACCAACCUACUAAGGGCAUCGUGAAGACUACAAAGGCCAUCCCGGCGGGUGUGAUGGACAUUAUCCUUUCUAUACACGAGGGCCUGCACAAUGCACCUAAACUUUAUGGAUCUGAUGUACGCAAGAAGGGAGACGUUUCGGAUUUCUCUAGUGGUCUGAAGGAGGCUGGAAAGGGGUUCUUUUACGGAUACUACGACGGAAUCACCGGACUCGUUCGCGAGCCGGUUCAGGGAGCGAAGAAAGAGGGGUUCUUGGGCGCGAUCAAAGGCUCAGCGCGCAGUUUCGUCAACGUCAACAUGCGCCCCGCGGCCGGGGCCAUCGGGCUCGUCGCGAAUCCAGCGCAGGGCGCGUGGAAGUCGCUCCGCAAGAUGUGGCACAGCGAUGCGCGGCAGCCGCAGCGCGAGACGCGCGUGUACGAGGGGCAGCAGGCGGUCGGCGGUGCGGCGCCGGGUGAGCGCGAGAGGGUGGUGAGGGCGUUUGAGGGGAUGAAGGGGACGGUGCGGGAGAGGCAGGAGGAGUAUGCGCGGGCGGCGAGGGAGGCGUUGGAGGAGAGUGGGGUGAUGGAUGGGUUUGGGGGGAAGCAGGGGGAUAAGUAGAGGUGUUGAUUGUUGGGAGAGGGCUGCUUUUCUUGGUGGGUUGAUCUAGUGUAUAUAUAGCAUAUAUAUGUAGCAGCACGUACCGGAAUGUAUCAUUGUAUGUCGACUUCCAAGUCCAUCGGCGUAGGCAGUAUCCGUGGCGUAGCAUCUUGGUCCGUGUCCUGCUCGUGCUGCUUCUCCCCUUCAUCUUCUUUCCCAUUCUUUUCCUUGUCCUUCCCCGUAGCCUUUGUACGCGCUUUAGCCCGUGGUUUGGCUGCCCUAGCUCUCCCUCUUGAGCGGGCUGCAGGUGCAGGUGCAUCGCCAUUCAUAUCCUCGUCCUUGCCCUUGCCCUUGCCAGCAGCGGCUGAUGCCCGUCCUUUGCCUCUCCCUCUCCCUCUUCUUCCCUGUCCACGCGCUCUCCGCGCAGCCGCCGUCCGCCGCGCACCGGCUGUCAUUGGCGUGUCGUCCUGAUCGCCGUCGUUCUCGCCUUCAUAAUAUUCGUUCCGCGCCGUCGUCCUCUCGCUCCUCCGCUCGCCCGCAUGCGCCGUCCCGGCUUCCUCGUCCUUCUCUUCCUGCGUCUUCUCCUCAUCCGCGAGCAAGCCCUCCAGGUCCGGCGGGAUCUCCUGCAUCUGCACGCUCGGCGCACCCUGCAAGUAGCGCAGCUUGUUCCGUAUGCCGAUCGUGAUGCGCUGUAGCGACGCGGGCGAGUUCUGGUUAUCGACGUGGCCCGUGAGCGGCGGAUGGAGCUUCCACUGCGAGUCGCGGAAGAAGGAGUCGUAGAUCGUCGCGGGGAGCUCGUCGGGGAUCGCGGCGCCGACGAGCACGGCGGUCUCGUAUGUCCAGCAGCGCGCGACGUUCUUGAUCGUGUAGCCGCCGCCGCCGAGCACGAGGAGGGGCACGUUGAACUUGCGCACGAAGUUGACGCAUUCGCCGUGCGCGGCGAUGGAGAGGUUGAACGCGCCGAGGCGGUCGCACCCGAGCGAGUCCGCGCCGCAUUGGAGGACG